UCUUCCUGAAAUGGGAGCGGCUUUCUUCUACCCACCAGAGCAGCUGACCUAGUGAGGACGCCGAAAGGCCGAGACCACGCCGCGCUCAGGCCAACCCCCAAGUGGGAACUACAAUUCCCAGCGGCCCGUGCAGACGCCAGACCGCGGGCACAGUGCGCCUGCGCAGUGUCAGAGGCUCCGGCUGUGUGGUUCCCGCCAAUUCUUGCCGUAACACUGCGGACGUUGAGUCCCGCGCUCCAUGGCGACGUUUGACCCAGCCGAGCUGCCUGAGCUGCUUAAGCUUUACUACCGGAGGCUUUUUCCCUACGCCCAGUACUAUCGUUGGCUCAACUAUGGCGGAGUAAUAAAGAAUUACUUUCAACACCGUGAAUUUUCAUUCACAUUGAAAGAUGAUAUUUACAUUCGCUACCAAUCCUUCAACAACCAGAGUGAUCUGGAAAAGGAGAUGCAGAAAAUGAAUCCAUACAAGAUUGAUAUAGGCGCGGUAUAUUCCCACAGACCCAAUCAACACAAUACAGUGAAGCUAGGAGCUUUCCAGGCUCAGGAAAAAGAACUGGUGUUUGACAUUGACAUGACAGACUAUGAUGAUGUGAGGAGAUGUUGUAGUUCUGCAGACAUAUGUUCUAAGUGCUGGACCCUCAUGACGAUGGCCAUACGCAUAAUCGACCGAGCAUUGAAGGAGGACUUUGGAUUUAAGCAUCGUCUCUGGGUCUAUUCUGGAAGGAGAGGUGUUCAUUGUUGGGUCUGUGAUGAAUCAGUUAGAAAAUUGUCCUCUGCAGUACGUUCUGGGAUAGUUGAGUAUUUGAGUCUUGUAAAGGGUGGUCAAGAUGUUAAAAAGAAAGUCCACCUAAGUGAAAAAAUUCACCCUUUUAUCAGCAAAUCUAUAAACAUAAUAAAAAAAUACUUUGAAGAAUAUGCCUUAGUUGAUCAAGAUAUUCUUGAAAAUAAAGAAAGCUGGGAUAAGAUUUUAGCCCUUGUUCCUGAAACAAUUCAUGAGAAUCUUCAGCAAAACUUCCAGAAGCAUCACAAUUCACUUCAGCGUUGGGAAUAUUUGAAGAAAGCCAUCAGCUGUCAGGAUAAUACUAAAAAUGACAAAUGUGGACCCUUGCUUGAAUGGGAGAUCAUGCUCCAGUACUGUUUUCCACGGCUGGAUAUCAAUGUUAGCAAAGGAAUCAAUCAUUUACUGAAGAGCCCUUUUAGUGUUCAUCCUAAAACAGGUCGUAUUUCUGUGCCUAUUGAUUUACAGAAAGUGGACCAGUUUGAUCCAUUUACUGUUCCAACCAUAAGCUCCAUCUGCCAUGAAUUGGAUGCCAUUUCCAUUAAUGAUGAGGGAAAGGAGGGAAACGAAGCCGAAUCUGAUAUCAAACAUAGAACCAGAGAUUAUAAGAAGACCAGUCUAGCUCCUUAUGUAAAAGUUUUUGAACAGUUUCUUGAAAACCUGGAUAAAUCCCGAAAAGGAGAACUUCUCAAGAAGAGUGAUUUACAGAAAGACUUUUGAAGAUAACAACUCUCCUCAAACCAAUGUAGAUGUCUUCUAGCUUCAAGAAUCAAAUACUUCAGGUGCCUGGGUGGCUCAAUCGGUUGGGUGUCUGCCUUCCACUUGGGUCAUGAUCCCAGGGUCCUGAGAUCAAGUCCCAUAGCAGGCUCCCUGCUCAGCAGGGAGUCGGCUUCUCCCUCUCCCUCUGCCCCUCCCCCCUGCUCAUGCUCUCUCUCUCUCUCAAUAAAUAAAUAAAUAAAAAUUCUUUAAAAAAAUCAAAUACCGGGCGCCUGGGUGGCUCAGUUGGUUAAGCGACUGCCUUCGGCUCAGGUCAUGAUCCUGGAGUCCCGGGAUCGAGUCCCACAUCGGGCUCCCUGCUCGGCAGGGAGUCUGCUUCUCCCUCUGACCCUCCUCCCUCUCAUGCUCUCUGUCUCUCAUUCUCUCUGUCUCAAAUAAAUAAAUAACAUCUUAAAAAAGAAAAAAUCAAAUACCUCAAGAGCCAUUUAAUAAAUAUUAUAGAACUAUAAUGUGUCUUAAUGCUCAAAGCAAAAUUUCCUUUUCUUGAAAAAUUAUGUUGAAAAGAUUCCUGAGGCCACCAAAAGAUAGUGUCCAGGUUUCUGGAAGGAGCAAUAAUGGGAGGAACAAGUGAAUUGUAGAUACAUAUUGUAAAAGUUAAUAUUAUACUAAGAUUUUUGAUAUACCUUUUACCAGUUGCCAUAUGUAUUUUUAUAUACUUCUACCAGUUGCCAUAUGUAGAGGCAAGUGAGCAGUAAUAUGCCCAAGACUUUCAUCUCAGCUCACUAGAUAUAGCCUCCUUAUUUCUAGACUGAAUAUUGUAAGUGCAUGAGAGCUUUAUCCUUAAGUCUUAGACAGUUAUACCUGGAAUAUGUAUUCUGUCACUUCUAAUUUUGCUUACUGAUAUUUUUAUUGGUCAGGCCACACCCCACUGCCUAUCUCUUAAAAAUCAUUUUAAACUGGGCAUCUAAACAUACCAAAGCUUCAGUUCAAAAGAUAUGAGUUACUAGAUUACAAUAGGGAUUGGUAAAGUGUUUUUUGCAACUGUUGCAUUUGUAGCUCCUGGCUUCUUUCCUCGGAAAAAAAUUGGAUUAGUCUGCACCAUAAAGAAACAACUUAGAAUAACAAAUUUCACCAACAUAAAAUCUAUUUUAGUUGUCAAAACACUUCCCUUUCUACAUAUCCAGAUACUUAAUUUUAAAGGUUUUGUUUCUUCCAUAGUUGUUUGUUUUGUUUUGUUUUUUCUGAAAGUGUCAGAUUUCUUUUGCCUAGUUUUACCACCAGUCUAAACAAAAUAGUCAUUCUGGAUUACAGUCCAUCUUCAGAGAAACACUGAGAAGUCAAGCUAUCAGGCUGGUGCUUUCUAUGAUUUAUGAAAAUUUUCCUUCCUUUGCAUUUCCUUUAACAUUGCUUUCUCUAUAGCCACAGAGUUUGUUUUUUUAAUCUUUUGGUUUAUAUAUAUAUAAAACACUUCACAAUGCAGUCAACACACUGCAAUGCCUUGCAUUUCCUUCUCUUUUCUAAUUUUUUAAGAAAAAACAUUAAAGACCAUUGUGCAAAACUCCUCAUUUGAGCUUCUAUUUACUGUGUAUUGUUCAGUUUUUAGGUCAGGAAAACAGUGGGCCAGUUAAAAUUCCUGAAUACAAAAUUACUAAAGACUCAGUCCAUCUUAAGAACUCAGAACGAGAGUAUAAAGACUGGUAUUAUGCUUUCAACAAGAGAUGUUUCAAGAUUCCAAUAAUGUCUACCAUUAAAGUAUCUUAAUGCUUUAUUAUUAAAGCUCUUGGAUAAAGCUGAACAUAUUGUACUCAUGUAAAAGAAAUGUUUUUGCACUGUGUGCUAACUGGAGUUUAAAUAAAAAUUUAAAGAAUUAAAAAAAUAUUUAAGGGGCGCCUGGGUGCUCAGUCAUUAAGCGUCUGCCUUCGGCUCAGGUCAUGAUCCCAGCAUCCUGGGAUCGAGCCCCACAUCGGGCUCCCUGCUCUGUGGGAAGCCUGCUUCUCCCUCUCCCACUCCCCCUGCUUGUGUUCCCUCUCUCACUGUGUCUCUCUCUGUCAAAUAAAUAAAUAAAACCUUUAAAAAAAAAAAA